GCGUUGCUUCACAGCUCGCGUUGCGGGUAUUUGAGAGCCUGCUAUUUGUUGGCCAGCUUCCACCGUGGGCACUGGGCUCCAGAGGAUAGGGAGGAUUUGGUCAAAUGGGAGGACCUGUGCGGCAGUAGCAGCUACGAAAAAUGGAGAGUACUUCAUUGUGGUUUGUUGAUGUGUGCAGGCAGGAGGCCAUACACGUCUUAUUAUAGAGGCAGGGUGACGUGUUUUCGUUUUUCGUUUUCCGCAGCAGAGGUUUACCGCGUUCUUGAAAACCGUUUACCGUUUUUGCACCAUUGCUACAUACAUUAUAGCCCGCUAUACAACAUGUUAUGCCCAAGCUACCCAAUUUUGAGCGUGAUUCUGAUCAUGCAAUCCGCUUUGCUGUCCCAAACAAGCCAAUCGUCCAGAAAAUCUUCGAAUGAGCUCGCUGAGCUUCUCUCCCGUAAUUGUAUACAAGUCGAAGUCGCCGCCCCAAACGAACUUGAAAUCAUGCUAUUCCUUCCGCCCCCACCACUACAGCCUAGGACUAGACAUCCCUCAUCCAGCCUUGGAUUAAACUCAAAGUCGACGUUCAUGCUGAAAAAAGCGUGGAAGCGAUUUCAACCAAAAUUGGAAGCUAUUCCAGAAAUGUUCGAGAGCCAUGAACCCCGUCCAGGGUCGUGGAUCGCGUUAUACCAAUAUCUUCCAAGACGAAAACGCCAUGCGAUGUAUGCGCAACUAGAUUAA